CCGCCGUGUCUCAUGGUCUCCGAGCUCUGUAGUCGCGCACACGCUUGUUGGCGGAAAUACUUACACAAACAAGAUAAAAUACCGCAUAAUUCAUAUAAGUGCAAUUACAACAAAGUGCAAGUCAGCGUUUAAGUGCUUAGCUUAAAAAAAUACAACAAUAAUAACAACAAAAGUAUUUAUUUAUCAAAGAGAAAACAGAUAAUUAAACAUUGGCGAGCAGGAGGAUUGUUAUUAGCUGCAGCUAAAGUCAAACAAGAGAUUCACAAAUCGACGGACUUGGGCAUUGUUAGCCGUGCUGUUUGGCAUUCAAACUGGGCAACUUUUUGGGAUCAUUUGCAUAGAAGCAAUAGCUGUAUAUAUAGUAUAUAUAUGUGCGGGUAGUUGACAGACUGCGACUGUUGGAUUGAGCCAGCUUUGAAAAUUCACAACGUACACAAUUCCUGACGGUCAGCAGAGGCGCACUGGCUCCUAUUUCAAACGACUUGGCUAGAAGUUUUUUCGUUGUUGUUGCCCAGUCGUGCGGCCAAUUCGUUUCACUCAAUGUCACUUGCCUCAAGGAUAUCAGGGGCGAGCAAUGUUAAGCAAAGCGUGGCCCGAAGACAAACAAAUGGUGGCCCAAAUGGGCCGAGUGGCACGACCGGCGAUGGCGAAAUUAGCGCAAAGCGCAACGAGAACAUACGAAAUUUAUUUGCCCCAUCGGCGGCAGCACUGGCCGAGAAAAAAAAGAAGGCCGUAGCGGCGAGGCAGCGCAGCCAGAGCCUGCAACGGCAGCCAGCAAUGGAGUCUCAGAUGAACCUGACCAGCAACAGCAACAACAGUGUCAGCAGCCAGCAAUUGAGGCGCUCCAUUGGGCAAAUUGCCAGAGAAGCCAACAGUGCCAGCUACAAUGAUGACAAUGAGCAGCAGGACGAUCCGGCGGAAGCCGGGAGAUGGGCACACACUAUGCGACAUGCUAGUGGAGACUGGCUAGGCACAAAUCAAUUGCCAAUGACUAGGAAUCAAUCAGCAAUAAAACAAUACAAUGGCGUUAACAACAAUUCAAUGGACAGGCUCAGGGCCAGGAGCAGCAGCAGCAGCCAGCUAGGACCCGUCGAUAAUGCCCAGCUGAACGAUAGAGAAGACAGCUACGCACAACGUGCCAGUCUUAAGGACAACAAUGGCUGCCAUCAGAGUCCAUUUGAAUUGGCAAUGGAGGCUGGCAGACAGGACGUUGCAGCCUCUGCACGUCGUCUUUCUUUGGCUUGGUAUGAACGCAAAAAUUGGCAGCCAACGAACGAGCCGGAAAAUUAUAUUAAAAGCAGCAACAGCAACACCAGCUAUAAUGCUGGCCAUAGACGUUGGCAGGACGAUGAUGAUGACGACGACGAUGACGUUGCCGCUGAGCAGAAGAAAAACGCUGAGGACGAGUACAAUGUUGACAUUAGUAAUGAAAUGACCCCAGGCAGCUGGCGGAAGCAACGCAAAUCUGCAGAAAAAUCGCAGCCAUUGAAUCACCUGAGAAAUGUCAACGGCAGUGGAGCAGCAACUUCGAAGGAUGCAAAGGACACUGGCAGUCUGAGUGGUGCCUUGGGCAGCCCACAGCAGCAACGAUUUUUCAACGAUGCUGCUCCUUCUACUCCUGCUGCUGUUUAUGAUUACCAUGACGCUGAUAAGCUGCUGCAAGACAACUACAGCAACAAAGGCUACAAGGACGAUCACGACGACGACCACUACAGACACUUGGCUGCAGCUAAGGACUAUUUGUUUGGUCACGGCACAGAGGUAAAACCAGAGCUCCGGCCGCAGAGCGAAAGUUUGUACAAUGCAAGCUAUGCGCAGUCAACGCCGCUAGCUGAGCGCCUGCAACGGUUUCGCCAGCGACAACAGUCGGCAAGUCGCUUAUCGGACGAGCAAAAAAGUCAGAGUGUGGAGCACUGCGGCAGCGGCGUCGUUCAUGAAUUCCGCAACGCUCCAGACGACGACGAGUGCCAAUUCAAUAGCUCGCCAUUUGCCCACUUAUCAGCUGAACAAAUAAGCGCAACAAAUUUGAAUAAGCAUAGAAAUUGGCAAAACGCAGCGAACAGCAGCGAGACAGGAACUCGAAAGCUUCGACGUGCCAGCGAUUCAGUUGAUGCUGUUCCGUUUGGGGCAUAUGACGAUGACGGCUUAGAUACACCGUCGCCGUACAAAGCACAAAACCGACAGCAGCAGGAGGAGGAGGAGGAGCAGCAGCAGCAAGAAGAAGCACCACGACGUCGAGUCCUUAUCAAACGGCGCAUUGUGCGCACCAAGCGCUCUGCCUCGCAAACGCGCCAAAAAUCAGAGGCAGCCAACGACAACAACAACAAUAUCAGCAAAAGCAAUAGCAGCUGGCUUUCCAAGUUGCGCAGCUUCGGAGCUUCUGCAGAAUAUAGCAACAGCACUACAAAUACCAACAAGACAAGUCAAAAAUCUGCCAACACUGGAAUUUCGAAUCAGUCGCUGAGCUCUCCACAAACCAAUCCCAUCAUGGCCGUCCUCCGCACAAUGAAGCUGAAGGAGCGCCUGGCUAUCAGCUUGGGUGCAACGCUCGUGUUGCUCACGCUCUUGCUGAUUGUCGAUGUGCAAAUGGACUUUGGCGUGGCAAAUCGUCACCUGCUGCAGCAGCAUUCGAAAUUGCGCUUCGGCAGCAGCAGCAACAACAACAACAACAAUGAGUACGAUGCAGCAGCCAGUGGCGGACGAGUAGUUGGUGGCGGCAUGCUGCACGAGUUCAAACGCAAGUUCCUGCAAAAGAGCAAUUCAUCGGGCUCCAAGGAGGCCUCCACGCAGGCGACCGGCAGCCAAAGUGGCGGCGUUGCCGGUGGCAUGCCCAGCGGUGGGGCAGCAGAUGCGGUUGCAAGUCCAACCCUAUCCACACGUAAGCCUACGCCACACGAUCGCUAUGCGGAUCUGCAGAAGGUAAUGAUCAGCGGUGAUUAUACGCAUGUGAUCGUUGAUAGUUCGCCCGAUUUGACGCAAGACAAUCCCACUAUGGCCGCCAUGCUGCACAAAACACUGAGAGCCAAUGCGAGCAAUUUGGAGCGCUUCCAACUGCGCAUCACAAAAAAGGAACUCUAUGGAGAGCAUGACACUCUGGUGGAUGCGGUUAUACGUGACAUGAUCAAGCUGCCAAUACAACAUGUGGCUCAAAAGGAGGGCGGCACCCAACUGAAAUUGAUCAUCGAGUAUCCCCACGAUAUAAAGGCGUUAAUGAAGCCCAUGCGCUUUCCCAGGGAUCAGCAAACAUUGCCCAAUCAUUUCUACUUCACGGACUAUGAGCGUCACAAUGCGGAGAUAGCUGCAUUUCAUUUGGACAGAAUUUUGGGCUUUCGUCGUGCCAUGCCCGUGGCGGGUCGCACACUGAACAUUACGACAGAAAUUUAUCAACUGGCCGACGAGAAUUUAUUGAAGACGUUCUUUGUUUCGCCAUCCUUGAAUUUAUGCUUCCAUGGCAAGUGCUCGUACUAUUGUGACACUUCGCAUGCCAUUUGCGGGAAUCCGGAUUUGUUGGAGGGCUCCUUUGCCGCCUUUCUGCCCAGCUUCGAGUCAUCGAAUCGCAAGUUGUGGCGGCAUCCAUGGCGACGCUCCUAUCACAAGCGCAAGAAGGCUCAGUGGGAGACAGAUGCCAAUUACUGUUCUAUGGUGCGCGACAUACCGCCCUACGAUGAGGGACGCCGCCUGCUCGACCUAAUGGACAUGUCUGUAUUUGACUUUCUCACCGGAAACAUGGAUCGUCAUCAUUACGAGACUUUCAAAGUCUAUGGUAAUGAGACCUUCCCAUUGCAUUUGGAUCACGGACGUGGCUUUGGGCGCCCCUUCCACGACGAACUCUCUAUAUUGGCGCCCGUGCUUCAGUGCUGCCUCAUACGCAAGUCCACGCUCGUUAAACUCUUGGAGUUCCACAACGGACCCAAGCCGUUGUCACAAUUAAUGCGUGAAUCGCUGAGCUACGAUCCGAUAAGUCCUGUGCUCUGGGAGCCGCAUCUGGAGGCGCUCGAUCGUCGGACUGGCAUUAUACUGCAAAGCAUACGUGACUGCAUCAAACGGAAUCCGCCCGGCGAGACGGAAGGGUCCGACGCAGAUUUAUCCUCAUAGCGCUAAGCGGUCGUCCUUGUUGUCUGAUAGAGUCUAAAGAAACUUAUUGUUAGUUGUGUCCUGUGUGUACUGUCUAUAAAUUAGAUGUUAAGCCUGGCAGCGGCCUUUGUAAAAGGUCGGCGUCUCGGCGUCACGGCGUUUGCGGUCGGAGCGGCACUUUGGGAGCUGAGCGAGUCUACCAAAAAGCAUAAAACAAAUCAAUGUAAUUUAUGUUUAGCUGUUUGUAAAUCCUACGAAAGAGGUUAGCCAUGUAAGUAAAUAGUAGUGAGAAAGACAGUGGGGGAGGGGGAGAGAGGGGUGCGGUUCGUCUGUGUAUGUGUGCGUGUGUGGGAGCGCAUUGUUUCGAAAUUUGUUGGCGGCAUGUAAUGUGAAUUGUAAAUGAAAUGAAGUACCUUUAACAACAAAAACCAACACCAACAACAACACAGCAACUGCAUACAACAAACCAACAUUAAACAAUUGGGCUUCAAAUUUUCUAAACUAGACCACAGUAGGUGCCAAAAGUAUAAAAACGCAACAUUGUGGAAGCGAACCUGAUCUAAACCUAGACAAAACAAAAAAACAACAAACAGAAGAAAAACUUAACUAAACUAAACAUUUCGCCCUGCGCAAGAGUGAAACUUCUUUAAAAGACUAUAUGAAAAAUGGAAACAAACAAACUAACAAAUAAUAACAAACUAUUUGCUAAAUAUUUAUUUAUAUUUUUUUCAUACAUUUUACAAAAGUAAUUAAACCAACAAGAAUUACAGGUAUGUGUAGUAUGCAUACAUAAUUAAGUGUAAUGUGUACGCGAAAAGCAAAACUAGGGCCCCACAAAUCCUAAGUAAACAAAAGAGGAAAACUUGUUUCAAAUUUAGUUUCUAAGCUUACAUGUAACAUGUAUGUAGUACAUACAUACACACAUAAGUAUGUACAUACAUGUAUGUAUAUCAGGCGUAGCUUUAUUCGUACUCGUAGUAGCCGAGCUCCCUGGGAACGAGACGCUCCCAGGCGCAUGUUGUGUUUUAUUAUUCUUUAUUAGUUAGUCGAAUUAGUUCCAGCAAAAAGAGGUACUUCAAAAAAAAAAAAAAGAAAAAGAAAACUACUGUUAAACACUAAAUGCGAUUACUACAAUAAUUAAGUUAGUUUGUUUUACCAUUGUAACAUUUUAAUUGUACCUUAGUAGAAAGGAGGGAGGAGCAGGAGGAUAGUUAUGAGAUAAUGUAUAAUCAGCAAAAGGAUUCAUAUCCUAUUUGUUGCUGUGUGCAGCUUGUUUGUUGGCAUAGAAAGAGAUAAAUGUUAGCAAAUAGCAGAAAUUUAGUAAAAAUGCAAAAUUAAUUAAUAAAUACCAAAGAAAUUGUAAAAAAAUGA